AUGGGGUCUGAUUCAAAAAAUUUACAAAGAAGUCAAUCUGUAAGUACUUUGAAAUUAUUAGGACAAAAAUUAUUAAAUACAAAAUCUCAUGAAAAUGCACAAUAUUUAGAUAAUGCCUCUGGUAAUGGGAUUACUCCUUUAAGAAAAAAACCAACCAGUGGUUCUAAACCAACCAGUGGCUCUAAAGUUGUUACAACUUCAAAACCAAGUGGUGAAAAUGCUGCUUCAGGACAUGAUAGUAGGCAUAGAUCUACUUCGAUUUUCUCUAGAUUAAAUAAUAGUGGAAGUCCCACUGGAAAUGGAUCACCAACAACAAUUCGGCCAGUCAAAUCAAGUGCUGCUAUUGUAAACCUUAUGGCUCACAGUAGUAAUCCAUUUGUUAAACAAACCGUUGUAAAAAAUGCAAAACAGGAAGAGGAAGAUUCGGAUGAAGAUUCUGAUGAUGAAGAAUACGCUAAUAAUGACGGUGAAGAAUCCGAGUCAGAACAUGAUAGUGAUUCAGACGAUGAGAAACAAAAAGACAAGAAAGUAAAUGAAAAUGACCUUUUAAAAGUUAAUUCAGACAAUACUACACACUCAAAAGAACAUCAUCAUCAUAAAGAAAAAUCUCCUUCUACAACUGAUGGCCAACAUCACAGUCACCACCAUCACCGUCAUCAUCAUAAUGAUGAAGAUUCUGUAGAAGGAGGAAGUGAUGAAGAACAUGGUCAUCACAAUCAUCACCAUCACCACCAUCACCAUCACCACAAUAAUGAUAAAUCAUCUUCCAAUGUCCCAGCAGCUGAAGAAUCAUCUUCAAUUGCUAUACCCCAAGAGAAUAAUACAGAUAAGAAAGUUGGGUCUACAGAGAAAGAUAGUACAACUUCGAAAUUACGUUCUCAUCAUGCCUCCAUUAGCAGAAAAUUGAUUAAACCUUCCACAGAUGCAUCACUUUCCACAGAAGAACACCAUAAGAGAUUACCUCAUAGAUCUAAGAGUUUUGCCACACAUAGUCUUUCAGGUGAACUCGCUUUAUCUAAUCUAGAUUCAUCCACAUCAAGAAACAAUAGUAAGAAAAAUUUAGUUUAUAACCCAUAUGGUUUAAAUCCAAAUGCCCCAAGCAGACCAGGAACUGCUUUUGCUGAAACUGGUGGCCAAGGUAACAACGAUCUAAGUUUUUAUUUACAUGAUGGUAAUGAAAAGAUUCGUAUGUUACCUUUACCAAUUGCUAAUCCAAAUGAUUGGUUACCAGACAACUUACAUCAAUAUAGUAUUACUUUAUCAGAUAAUUUCGUAUUUGAUCCAAAUAAUAAACCAAUUGGUUCAGGUGGUUCAAGUGAAGUUAGAAAAGUUAGGUCAACAUAUCAAAAGAAGGAUGUUUACGCUCUAAAGAAGUUGAAUAUGAUAUACCAUGAAACUCCAGAUAAAUUUUAUAAGAGAUGCUCGAAAGAAUUUAUUAUUGCCAAACGUUUAAGUCACAGUAUCCACAUCACCUGUACUUUUGAACUAGUCAAAGUACCUACCACUACGUAUACUACUAGAGGUUGGGGUUUUGUUAUGGAACUUGGUAAAUGUGAUUUAUUCCAAUUGAUUGAAAGAACAGGUUGGAAAAGUGUUCCAGCCAAUGAAAAACAUUGUAUCUUUAAACAAGUUGCCAAUGGUAUUAAAUUUUGUCAUGACAAUGGUGUUGCUCAUAGAGAUAUUAAACCAGAAAAUGUAUUAUUAUCACCAGAUGGUGUCUGCAAGUUAACUGAUUUUGGUAUUUCUUGUUGGGCUCAUGAGAUUCCAGAUGAUUUUACAUCUCCAAUCAAACUUUGUGAAGGUAUGUUAGGUUCUCCACCUUUUACUCCACCUGAGGUUAUGUAUUUUGAUUCCAAGAAACAUUACCCAGAAAAAUUCCAAAAACCAUUCGAUCCAUUAAGUAUGGAUACAUAUGCGUUAGGGAUAUUGCUAUACACAUUAGUGAACAAUGUAAUUCCAUUUAUUGAGUCAUGUAAUACUGAUGCUAGAUUUAGAGAUUAUGAUCAAUCAUACAACAAUUUUAUUCAGUAUCAAAACAAGACAUUUAGAGUCAAAGGGUCCCAUAAGGCUGGUCCUGGUGCUGAAUAUAGUAUGGCUAGAAAUUUCCAGAAUGCUGAUGUAUCUCGUGUAGCAUGGAGACUUGCUGACCCUGAUUGCAGAACAAGAUAUAGUAUGCAAGAUCUGUUCGAAGAUCCGUGGUUUCAAAGUAUUCAAACAUGUGUUGAUCCAGAAGACCAUAGUUAUAUUACGAAGACUCCAAUCAUUAAAACCUCAACUAUCGCCGGUGCCCAAUCUCCAACUUCGGAUGGUACCCCAGGCAGUGAAAUGGCAAGUGCAACAUCUUCUCUUACAGGAUCUCCUCAACUUGGUGCUAAUCAAUUUGAAUCCAAUAUUGAUGACAAACCAGUAACAAGCCCCGUGAAACCGAGAUCAAUGGUAGAAAUAGCUCAGACACCAAUAAAACCAAAGACUGUUAAGAAACUAAAGGAUUCCAGUAAACGUAGCGAUAGUAUUUCGGCACUUGAUCCAACUGUAAAAGGAAAACUAGCUAAGAUGGAAAUUGAAGAUGCACAAGAAUCAGUUGACAAUGUUUUGGAUAAGGUAACAUCAGUUGCACCAUCUGGACAAGAAACCACAAACGAUGAAGCUAUACAUACCCCAACAGAAAGUAAGCCUGAGACUACUGAUCUAACUAAGAAGUUAAGCUCUGUAUCCCUAAGUAGUAGUACAUCACGCGCAUCUUCUAAUAAGACAACAGCUUCCACAGCAACUACUGCUACAAAGAAAUUAGUAAUACAUCAUCACCUGGAUAUAACAAAUAGUGUGAUUUCUCCAAUGUCUUUUAGUAAUGUAGUCUCAAGGUAA